AUUAAAUUACCUAUCAAAUUAAAUAUUCCCAAUGGCAUCAUCCAUGACCAUGGCCACCUCCUUCUUUGGUGGCGCCGUCGCCACCAAGCCAGCCACCGCCACCACCCGUCCCAGCCAGCAGACGGUGAGGGCCUUGAUGGACUUGGAGAAGGUGGUGGCGGCAGCUGCAGAGACCACCAACACGAGACGAGGCCUCGUGUUGGCAGGCAUGGCCGCAGUAGCAGCAUCAUCCGUCGCAAAAGCCGCGACAGCUGCACCGAUACUCGGCGCGUAUUCGCCGGUGAAUCCAUGUACACCGGAGAUUUUAGAAAACGCGAAAUUUGCGGUCUCGGAAUACAACAAGAAGAAUAAUGCGGCCUUAGUUGUGGAGUAUGUGACAAGCGCUGAAAGCAGGGCGGCACCUGGUUUCAACUACCAGAUUUGGAUCGUCGCCAAGGAUACUCGCACCGGCGACAUCAAACGCUAUGUCGCCGUUGUUGUCGGCAAGUAUCCGUAUACAUCACCGGAGCUCCUUUCCUUCGACGAAAUUCCUCCCCCGCUACUCGGCGCGUAUUCGCCGCUGAAUCCAUGUACACUGGAGAUUUUAGAAUUCGCGAAAAUCGCGGUGUCGGAAUACAACAACAAGAAUAAAGCGGCCUUGGCUGUGGAGUAUGUGACAAGCGCUGAAACCGCGCCAGUAGCUGCUAUAAACUACAAGCUCGGGAUCGCCGCCAAGGAUACUCGCACCGGCACCAUCGACAACUACGUCGCCGUUGUUGCUAGCAAGUUUAAGCCUAUACAAUUCGAGCUCAUUUCCUUUGAACCACUUCGUAACUAGAUUGUGUAUUCAGUUAUUAAAGUGUGUGAAAAAUUAUCUCCAAUGUUUAAUUUCCUUAGCCUCUAAAUAAGGCCUUUUAUUGUACUAUAAUUUGGAGACACUCAACAAAUCUUUUUUCCAUUUCUUCAUAA